AGCAGAGUGCGGCGAGCGCGGCGAGCGCGGCUCGGGCCGCGGUCCAUGGCCCCGACGGGAGGCGCGCCGCCCGCACCCGCACCCGCAUCCCGGCGUCCGGCCUGAGCGGACCGCGCCGCGCAGCCACCCCGUCCUGGGCUUGGGCUUGGCUUGCAGAUCUUCUUCAUGGAAGCGAUGUCUCCACAGCAGGAUGCUCUAGGAGGGCAGCCGGGGCGCUCCUCCUCGCUGACAGGGAUGUCUCGCAUCGCGGGAGGCCCUGGUACCAAGAAGAAAAUGAAAACACUGGCAGAAAGGAGGAGGAGCGCCCCAUCCCUUAUCCUGGACAAAGCCUUACAGAAGCGGCCCAGCACCAGAGACAGUCAUUCUGCUAGCAUUGACACGUGUGCAUUUCUGUCAUCAUUCAUGUGCUCCAGUAGGACUCUGCUGAUUGAUGGUCCAGUGGAACUCAAAAGAGGCCUACAGAGGCAGGAGAGGCAUCUUUUCCUAUUCAAUGAUUUGUUUGUUGCAGCCAAAAUCAAAUAUAACAACAAUUUUAAGAUAAAAAAUAAAAUAAAGUUAACUGACAUGUGGACAGCAAGCUGUGUGGAUGAGGUGGGAGAAGGCAACACGAACACUCUGAAGUCUUUUGUCCUGGGCUGGCCCACAGUGAACUUUGUGGCCACUUUCAGCUCUCCAGAACAAAAGGACAAGUGGCUCUCUCUCCUUCAGAGAUACAUCACUCUAGAAAAAGAGAAGGACUACCCAAAGAGCAUUCCCCUCAAAAUCUUCGCUAAGGACAUUGGGAAUUGUGCUUAUUUUAAAACUAUAACAGUAAUGAAUUCAGACACAGCGAAUGAAGUUAUCAACAUGUCACUACAAAUGUUAGGGAUAACUGGCUCGGAGAGAGAUUACCAGCUGUGGGUGAAUUCUGGAAAAGAAGCAGCACCAUACCCACUUAUUGGACAUGAGUAUCCUUAUGGAAUUAAAAUGAGCCAUCUCCGAGACACUGCCCUUCUGACACAGGGAUCAAAAGACUCCGCCACCCUGUCCCAGCUCCAAGAGCCUUUCCUCAUGGAACAGCUGCCCCGAGAGAUGCAAUGCCAGUUCAUCUUGAAACCCAGCCGCCUGGCGAUGGCCCAGCAACUGAGCGAUUCUGGCCAGAAGACAUUUAAAAGGAGGCGCUCUAUCAUCAACUGGGCAUUCUGGCGGGGUUCCAGCACUCACCUGGACAACCUGCCUGUGUCACCAACAUCCCCUAUGCCAGGACAGCUCUUUGGAGUUUCUUUACCAGAUAUUUGUGAGAAUGACAAUCUGCCAAAACCUAUCUUGGAUAUGCUUUCCUUCCUUAACCAAAAAGGCCCUCUCACAAAAGGCAUCUUCAGGCAGUCAGCCAAUGUGAAAUCCUGUAGAGAGCUAAAAGAGAAACUGAAUUCUGGAAUUGAAGUCCACCUUGACUGUGAAUCCGUCUUUGUGAUUGCAUCUGUGCUAAAGGAUUUUCUGAGAAAUAUACCAGAAAGUAUUUUCUCAUCUGAUCUAUAUGAUCACUGGGUCUGUGUAAUGGAUCAAGGAAAUGAUGAAGAAAAAAUUAAUAUAAUUCAAAGGCUAUUAGAUCAGCUUCCCCGAGCCAAUGUUGUUUUCCUAAGGUAUCUGUUUGGGGUAUUACACAACAUUGAACAGCAUUCCUUAUCUAAUCAGAUGACUGCAUUUAACUUAGCAGUGUGUAUCGCUCCAAGCAUUCUUUGGCCUCCUACUUCCUCCAGCCCAGAACUAGAAAAUGAAUUUACAAAAAAGGUUUCCCUUCUUAUACAAUUUCUGAUUGAAAAUUGCUGUAGGAUAUUUGGAGAAGAAAUCACUUCUCUCUUAGGGGAACUUUCUGAGAGCAGCGACAGUAGAGAACACACCUCAGAUAUGUCUUGCUUCCAAAUGAACGACUCUUCCUACGACAGCUUGGAAAAUGAACUCAAUGAGGAUGCUGAUGCUCCGUGCAGUGACCUGGUGAAAAAACUUGGCCAGGGUAGCAGAAGCAUGGACUCUGUCCUAACUCUCAGUGACUAUGACCUCGAACAGCCUGAGGUGGAAGGCCUUUUAACCCUGAGUGAUUUUGACUUAGAUCAGUCUAAAGAUGAACACAUUCAAAUGAAACAACCUCUGGAAUCCAAGCCAGUGAAUGUUUUUGUAGCCUACAGGAAGGUCUCCCUGGGGGAGCACAGUAGAACCCCAGUGGGACCAGGUACCCCCAGCUGCCUGCCUGCAGCUGCAGCAGAUGCCCCAAAAGUCCUGAGGCGGCACCGGCGCUGCUCCGAACCCAGCAUUGACUACCUAGACACAAAGCUUUCCUAUCUUCGGGAGUUUUACCAGAAAAAGCUACGCAAGUCCAGCUGUGAUGCUGUGCUUUCUCGGAAGGACGAGGAUUAUCUAAAGCAGACCCAGCCCCUGAAAAAAGGUGGCAAGACAUGUUUGAAACAGAGUUCAGUCACAGGUACCGACAUCAGCAAGAAAAAUGCUACUAAUGAAAACAUUAGGAGGAAAAGCUUGUCUGGUCAUGAAGGAAAUCAAGUGACAACUUUCACUAAGUCUAAGCCAGUGGCUAUUUCUGUGGCCUCUUACAGUCCCAUGUCCUCCCAGGAUCAUUCCAGGAAGCAACCCUUGGAUGCAGAUACCUGCAGACUCUCCCCACCACCCACAGCAGAUGCCAGGAAGAGUUCACGGGUACAUCGGCGCUGUUCAGAACCUAGCAUAGAUGACCAAACCUGCAAACUGUCCUAUCUCAGGGGGAUCUAUUCCAAGCAACAACAUAAACCCAGCUGUGAGAUGGGCCUCUUGCGUGGAGAAGAGGAUUAUCUCAGAAGGCACAAGUCUUUGCAGAUGGAAGGACAAAAACUUAUUAACCAGAGCCUGGUCAUGGGGAUUGAAGUGGGCAAGAGCAGUGGCACACUCCAAAGCACUGAGAAGAUUUUGCCCCCAAGACUAACCCUUUGCCCAAGGGCUAGCUAUUCUAGUUUAUCCUCCCCAGGCACGUCUCCAUCCGGCUCCUCAGUAAGCUCCCAGGACAGCGCUUUCUCUCAGAUCUCUGAACACUCUGUGUUUACACCCACCGAAACCUCCUCUCCAAUAGAUUGCACUUUUCAGGCUCAGAGAAAACAGGAAGAGCUGUCUUCUGACUUUCCCAGUCUCGUAUCUGGAAUGGAUGGUCCCUCCAUGGGUCAGGCCAGCAGCCAUCUAGCUUAUUUAAGAAAGGGAACCAUAGAGCAACCAUCACAAAUGCAUUCUGUAACUCUGCACCCCAGUGCAUGGUUGAGAAGUGGUUUGGUCACUUUGAAAAACUGGUCUCUCAAAAAGAAAACAAAAGCAGCCAUACCAGAAGACAGGAAACUCAGUUUUCCGAAAGAACCUUUGGAGUUAGCUCUACGUGCUUCUGGUACUCCAGAGGAUGACUCUCUGCAGGAGAGUCAGGGUGGCAUACACCCAAGGGCAACUGAAGGACCUGGAGCCAUACAGACAGCCCAUGGGUGCAGUUCCUAUGCCUGCCAGGACUCACAGCACCCCUCCAGCUCUCCAUUGCACCUGCUGGAAAGCAGGCUCAAGCUUUGUGUGAAGUUGCAGGAGGACGAAGAGAGUGGAGCGCAGCACCCUUCUGACACCCCUUGGGAAGGAGCCUCAGCAAAUCCUGGGACUGUGGAGGAUGCAGCCAGCCCAGACACAGAGCCUACAACAUUUGCGAUGAUGGGGACAGACAUUUAACCAAAGGCAGUUACCUGCAAUAACACUCUGAUAUCAAAAUAAACAAUCCGGUGUCUUUAAGGACAGGAACUGGGCUAAUAAAAUGAGAAGAGUGAUUAGUGUGAUCCCUUUCAUAAAACCCCUGGGGUAGGUAGCACAAGGACAAUCAUUGCUAACAUGACCAUUUCUUUGUUGAGAUUAUGUGGCAAAACUUGGUUAAAAAAUUUAAUCAUCUGAAGUUAAGCCUCCUUGUGUCAGCAGUCUGAGUCCACUGUCCUGAAGAACCAAAGUACCUUAAAUGAUGUAUCAGCGACACACAGGGGAAUAGUAGAGAUGCCAUCUUUAUGCCAUGGAACAAGUAGACAAGAAAAGGAGCUACUGAGUCAUGCAGAAAAUCAUGUCCAGUCACUAAGGAAAUCAUCUAAAACCUGUCCCUGAAUCGAAGGCAGUGACCUGUCCUAGUCAUGUGUCUUCACAGGGUCAUUUCAAGGACCAGCUCAUUGAUAAAGGCAGAAUAGAGAAAAACUAGUGUGUAAAGAGCAAUGGGUACCAUGACAGCACAGCUUUGUAAUUGUGUGGCUUGGUGAAUUGUUUGUUUCUCUGUUAUGGUUGAAUUUAUUCACACACAUCCUUCAGAAGUGUAGCUAUAAAGACAAAGAAGGAAACGUUUGCUCACUUUGGUGGCCUUCCCACACAGUGCCUGUGCUUAAAAAGUGUGUUUCAGAGAUGUAUCUUAUCCCUAUUUAGAAAGGGCACUGCUGACAACAUUUGCUCUAGUAGUUAGAAAAAAACAGCCAUAUAAGAAUUAGAGAAAUGAUUUUGCAAUUUUCCCGGGCUGACUCAUGUUAGAGGCAGGGCUGCAGAGAAACUAAAGAUGCCAUGUUUUGUGCAGUGUUGGUAGCAACAUUUAUGUAAUUGAGAAAGGCUUCUCAUUGUGCUGACAUCAGUAAGAAAAUGCAUGUAGAGAUGUAUCCAAUCAGAAAGUUGGAUCCUUCAAUACUUAAGAAGUCACAGAAAGGGCCACUGACUAUCAAUCACACCUCGUUUUGAUUAAUGGUAGUUCCCUGCAUCAACAUUGCCUUCCUGGAUCCACAGGUAUUAUUUAUCAAUAUGGCAUCUCUGUGGAGAUGUUCCUCUGCUGCACUGCUUGUUAGAAUACAGCCAGCCAAGAAGGGCAAAAGGACAAUUGUUAAUUAUCCUCUCAUUCUAUAGAUUGUCAUUGGUUGGAGCUUGACAGAAUGUAAGGUUACUAAGUAGAAUACACAACAAUGUUGCUGUUUGGGCUGUCUCUGAUGCUCACUAUCUUUGGAUUUUCUUGCCAUCUUUUCCAAAUGGUUUGUGGUUUAUAAAUAUUAAAAAUUUAGACCCCAGAAGUUUAUCAUGGACAUCUCUCUCUUUACCAUCAAGGCUACACCAGAAUGUCUCCUUCCCUAGGAGGAAGAUCUUAUCUGCCAAGAUGAAAUGAAGGGACACAUCCUAAAUUAUAUAUGUAUCCUCCUUUGAGAUACUCACCUAUUAAAAGUUCCUAGAGUCUGUGUAAUCUCAUGAAAAAGUUCCUAGAGUCUGUAAUCUCAUGAAUCUACUAUAAAAAGGACUUUUCACUCAAAACCUUGCUUAUCCCAAAUUAUUUUCCCUACAAGUCACCUGGAACUCAUGGCAGAUAUUGUUCCCUUCUCCCAAACAUUGCAUUAUCAGUUGUAGAAUAAGAACCUAUAUAUGUAUUAAUUAUAGAAGUGCCACCUACCUCUCAGGGGCAUGGCCCUGUUUGCCCUAACCAUAAUUAACUUUUAGAACUCUGUGUCCAAAGAGCUCCUUCAUGACACUGGCAAUCUCAAUCAGCUGUGAACUAGAGCCCACCUUGUAACCACCCACUUCCAUAUGAAGACUCCUAAGUAUCCACGUGUAUCUUUUGUGGUAUUACUAUAUAGUUAGCAGGACGACCCUUCCCUUUAGGGCAUACUACUGUCAGAACUGCAAGAUGUGAAUGACGAUCCUAUGGUUUAGAAUGUGUGUCUGGAAGAAAUGCCUCCUGAACAAACUAACGCAUUCUGGCUUUUUUCCCCCAUAAUGGCCAGUAGAAAAUUGUCCACCCAGUUUAAAGCAUAGAAGAAAAUAGUUGGUAAAGCUCUCCACCCACCAUUCCGACUCUGUUUUUCCUUAGAUGCUCCCAUGAUUCUUAAUGUGAAUAGUCUGUUAAUAUUGCUGUAAAGUAUUGUAUGAUUUGAAGACAGACAUGUCAUUUUAUUAGACUCCAUCUAUAAUAUAUUAGACUGAUUCUUUAUCUCAGAUGAUAUGAGUUUGUAUAAUAUAUCUUGACAAAUUUUAUUACUGUGUUAUGUAACAAAUGUGUAUUUUUGUACCUUGCAGAAACUGCUGCUAACUUUUAAAUUGUUUGGUUUUCAAGGCACUGAUAAUGGGCAUGUACAAAGUCCAUGCUAUCUGUUAAAUAAAAUGUCAUCCUGCAGUUAAUAGUACCACAGAGAAACACUGACUGCGGAGAGUUCUUUUGCUCAGCAAGCCUGAGCUCCCUUUGAGUUGAACAUUUCAAACAUAAUGAGUUGUGGCCUUAAGUUUUUACUCAUAGUUUUUCUAGGGGAAAAUAGUGAAAUUGAUUUUCCUUUUUUUAUAUUUUUAGAUCUUGUUUACCAGUUUGCCAGACAUUGGUUUUUCAUUGUAUUCCUGGAGUGAUAUGGACUAGUUUGUUCAUAUGCCAAAAGAAAAUAAGCUCAAUUUGAUUGUAUAUGAGAUUUCUUUCAUUUUUAGACUAUUCUGAUGAGAGAUCUAAGUGACUUUAUAUACACACCAGGAUAUCUGUGCUUUGGAGGUAAUUUAUGAAGUAUUACAUUUCUCAUGACUACUAUAUCUCUGACUUCUUGAAGUUUAAUGAGUUGGUAUCUGUAUAAAUUUAACCACUGUUCCUAAGGGACUCAGAACCUAGAAAAACAGAUUUGCUCCAGGUAUGUAGGAAUGACAAAAACACUUUCACAAAUGUUAUUAAUUGUAUUUCUGCAAUGUGCGCGCACACACACACACACACACACACACACACAAUUCUACCUAAAUUUUAGAAAAGCAGAAAUUUACUUUUAAUGAGGACUCAAUCUAUUAUUAGUAACUAUAUUCUUUUAGUCUACUCUGCAUGUCAUACACUGAAUCAGAAGGUUCUAAUUUGUCAACCAAACAAGCUCUUUCUGUUUUUUUUUUAAUACUCCAGUAAUUUUUAUACUGUGAAUAAUAAAUUUGGGUAAAGCAUC